UCUAUUUUAUAAUAAACUAGUUCUUUAAAGCUUUUAGGGUCCAAAUGUCUGAUCCUGGCCAUUUUUCUGAAGACGACUUUGUUUUGAAUAAUGACUCGGUUGAUGAGAAUGAAUUUAAUUUGCCGGAGAUGCCUCCUUCCGGCAAACGUAAAAAGAAGAAAGUCAAGAAGAAAAGAAAAUCUUCAAAAAAGUCAGGGAAAAAGAAGUCUUUGAAAAGGAAAUUAACAAAAGGAAAGUCUACAAUAAAGAAAUGUGUGAAAAAGUUAAAAAAUAGGAAAUCUACUAGAAAAUCUGUUAAAAUAAAGAAAGUGAAGAGCAAAAAGAAGAAAAGAGGAAGUGUUAAAAGGCCAACAAUUUCUGGGAAAGAAAGCAAGAAAUUAAAGAAUUUUGCCCUGCCUGUAAGCAAUUCUCCAAAAAUUCCACUUCGUCUUGGCGAAAAGAUAAGAGGCUUGGACCUUUUAGAGUUUUCCGAUGAAUUACCAACUAAACAUGUUGAGGAACACAAAGAAAAGGUGGCAGAAAAGCCUUCAACUUCAGUUGAUUUGGAUAUUAUAAUGCGUGGUCAAGAAGAUUUGUUCACCUGCAAGGACCAGAAGAGGACCGGCAAAGUUUGGAAUUUUGAAAAAAAUGUGGGGGAACUUAUUAGGUGUCAGGGAUGA